AAAGAAAUUAUCACAUGGGCCUGGGAACUUCUCACGGAAGUGUAUGGCAUACCUGCUGAUCGUCUAUACGUGUCUUACUUUGGUGGUGAUGAAAAGGCAGGCAUUCCGGCAGAUGAAGAGGCCAGAAGCAUAUGGUCAAGUCUUGGGUUGCCUAAUGACCGUAUUUUGCCUUUUGGCAUGAAAGAUAACUUUUGGGAGAUGGGUGACGUAGGGCCAUGUGGUCCUUGCUCAGAAAUUCACUAUGAUCGUGUCGGUGGUCGUGAUGCUGCGCAUCUUGUUAACGCUGACGAUCCAAUGGUGGUGGAGAUAUGGAAUUUGGUAUUUAUCCAGUUUAAUAGGGAAGAAGGUGGUGUUUUGCGACCUCUGCCAGCAAAACACAUCGACUGUGGCCUGGGACUCGAGCGGUUGAUCGCAGUCAUCCAACAGAAAACAUCUAAUUACGAUACGGACAUAUUCCAGCCUAUUUUUAGAGCUAUUCAGCAGGGCACUGGAAUACGUGAAUACACCGGCAAAGUAGGCGCUGAUGAUACUGAUGGUGUAGACAUGGCUUACCGAGUAGUGGCUGAUCACAUCAGAACUCUUACGAUAGCUCUUUCUGAUGGCGGUCGACCCGAUAAUACCGGAAGAGGGUAUGUGCUGCGUCGUAUUCUUCGACGAGGUGUUCGUUACGCUACUGAAAAACUCAACGCUCAGCCAGAAUUUUUUGCUUCUCUUGUUCCUGUUGUUAUAGAUAUUCUG